AUGGCGACCGACGAGACUAAGCGCUACUUCGCGCGAGCUUGGGAGAAUGGCGCAGGUCCAUGCGUGUCUGAGCCUUGGAGGCACGACUACACUCGGAACGUCCUCGCCUUCGUAGCAGCCCUCUGCUUCGCGGAAGUUGUUCUCCCAAAGACCCUCGGCGCUCUACAAUGGAUACUCCUAAGCUACUUCCCAGCACUGGCACAGUACUGGUGUAUUGUCCACAAAGGAAUGAAGAUGAGCAGACUGGAUGGGCACUAUUACACAAUAUAUGGUUGCAUCAUGGUUGUUCCAUUUCUCAGCAGAUUUGGGCCUCUGCUUGUGUCGGUCCGUCAGCAUUGGUGGUUCUGCCAAAUGAUAUCGGUGGUGAUGUGGCUUACUGUGUUCGCUGUCAUCUUCCUUGUACUGGCAACUACGGUCACUGUGUGCUGGAUCGGCGACAAGAUGCUGCAGCUGACAGGCUGGCGGUCGGACAAUCAGUGUCGCUCUCGAGGUCACUGUGCCUUGGACGAUUGCACCUGUGCGCAGUACAGCCAGAGCACGUCGCAGAUGGAGAAAACUUUCGACACCGAAGGUCAAGGUCAAUCAUCAACUUCUGCAAUCGAGAAGCAUGUCGCGGGUGCAACACCAGAACAGACGCACUAUUUGCCUCCUUUCGGACGAAACGGUGAGCGCUUGUAUGGUGCACGCGACCAUUACAGCAAGCAUCCGCACAACCCGGCACUGCUGGGCGCUAUCUGCCACACUCCGAUGCAUGGGAGACCCAACUACGCUGAAUACAUCAGGAACUUGAUCCAGUCACCUGUGGUCGAGUCGCCUUUGCCAGAUCACGUCGCGAUUCACCAUGGUCCCUGUGGCGCUGAGGCUUUCCACACCAUCACCGCUCGACCAGAACACCAAAAUCAGAGCCAAGAGGAGCUUCGUCUGAAGCACUAUCAAGAACAGAAGGAGCAAGUCAAAGCAGAUUCGGAGAGAGUUGUAGAGAAGGCCACCGAGGGCACGGGCACAUCGUGGCUACGUGCCCGUCAAUUUGCCAACUCCAUCUUCAGCAACUCGACCUCGACCACUGCCAGCCGCGACAGCUUCGGUAGGUCCUCACUCGGUCGGCGAGGCCUGUUGAUAGACGUGGAAGACGGAAACGACUCUGCUCAAGAGACGACACCACUGGUUGAAAAGGGCACGCCACGUAAGAUGUUCAGCUGA